AUGUCACAUUUGAAAAAGAGCAAACGCAAGUCUACUCCUCCAGGAACGCAGAGUCCGACUUCCCAACGACCACAGUCCUUUUCACAGCGUCUCUCAUCUGGUUUCUCUUCGAUGAUAACUAAUCUUCCUCGACGAAAAUCGACCCCAAAACAUGAUCCAACGCAACGCUCGACCACGGCACCCAAUCCAUUUCGCCCUGGCACCCAAGGUAGGGCCAUUGGCAGUUCAGGGCUCCUUGGUAGUCAGCACAAGCUCAUCCCUGGAAUUGAUAUUCCGACGCUUGCAGAUGCCGACAGCCCAUGUCCGUAUGAUCCAAGCAGCUACCACUCCUUUCCAAGCAUCGAACAAUCCCGCUACGAUUUCUGCGGGCUGAAACCUCCUUUGAGACCGACUUCUGGCAUACCACCCUCCUGCCGGCCGUGUAGUAAAUGUCGGUCAAAGAGUCCAUUUGCGCAUAUUGCCUGUGGUCGUAAACCAUCUCGUAAUGAAAACAGGACCAACCCUGCGAUUUGGAGCAGUCCUGCACAACUUAGGGAGGCUUCUUUGUCUCCUGAAGAAGGUCCGCGACUAGUUCCAGCUGCGGUUGCUGCGAGAAGAAUUGGGAACCCGCCGAGAAGGGCUCCACUUCCUGUGCCCCGUUUACCUGCGGCGAGAAACCCCCGUCCAACCUACAACUCGCAUGGCCCACAUUCUGUGGAGCAAGGGCCUGUCAUCACAGGCACAGCUGUCAUUGUGUCGAAUAUAAGGGAUGAUAGAGACUUGAAAGUGAGAUCAGCUAGCCCCAGGCUCCACCAUAUACAUGGCUUACCGAAUGCAAAGGACUAUCCGUACGUGCAUAAACGCGAAGUUGAAGGGCACUUGGCCGCUCUCCGUGCUGGUUCACCGAGUCCGUUAAGACUGAGAGUAGAUCGACCUAGCUCAGCCAACACUUUGCCUGCUGUUGCGGACUACUCAGAAACAGUUUUCUACGGUCGCCCUAUCUCUUCUGCUUCUGCCAGACACUCUGACGUUCAACGAUCAUUGUUCCCUUCACAACCACAGUUAACAACGUUAACGAUUCAGCGAGUGGAGGCUACUGGGAGAGUGGUUGUAGGUAACACGAGGCGUGAGCGACCUACAAGUUUGAACAUGGAGCUGGAAAAUAACGAAGUGUACCGAAGGCGUUCACCACCACCACGAACCCAAGCCGGAUAUUAUCGACCAACGAGAUCUAUUCCUCAACCCUCUGAAAGCCAGUCUACUUCCAGCAGUCCAGAAACAAGUGCUACACCGAAAGUAGGCGGUAGACGCCUAGAACUCAAAGGUGGGUCCCAAAGUACAGCAUCAAGACUGAGAGGGGGCAGCGCAGGGAAGCGAUCACCAGAGCAAAACUGCGGCUUCAAACUGAAGACGUGGCUCUUGACUGGGUCGUGUCUUUCCCAUAGUAGCGACGUAGAUAGCGACGCUGAUCUCCCACCUUCACGCACUCCUGACCCAGCGAGUGUAGUCCGAGCCAGUAAAAGGGCAUGUGGAAGGGUUCCUCUACCAGCCCACAUCUCGAGGGGUGGCCACGGAGCGACAUCUUUACAAUUAGCAACCGUCCUUGGGACUGAUUCACACAACCAUGCCCUACCCCACAUGUCCUACCUCCGACGCCCCCCAUUGUUUCGCAAACACGCAGACUCACUAAUUAACAAGCCCGGCAUCUCUAAAUCCCCUUCUCUCAACAACCUGAGCCCUCAUCUCCGAGGCGGUGCCGGCUCAUCCUCGUGUUUGCUAGACACAGAUCGUCUUCCACCAACGCUCUGCUGGCUUGCAGGCGGCAGAGGAAAAAGACCAUACACUGUUGCCUCGUGGAAGAAGGGCAGGCCGAAGAAACGAGCAGGUGGGCUGCUGGGCAUGGCGAUGUAUGGGGUGAGGGCGGGUAUGGAUUACGCUAAAGAAGGCGACGGAGGAGACCAAGUUACAGCAGCGGGGGAGUCAAAGGCGGGGUCUGUCAAAGAAGGUACUGACGGCAUGGAAUCGGUGGAGGAUAGCUCAAAGUCGCCCGCAAGUCACCUAAGCUCAAGUUCAAGCUCAGGGUCUGCGAGGGCUAUGCAUUCGCCAUCAGCAAGUAACGUUGCGCCCGCUGCACAGAAUGAAGAUGCUAAAAGUGAUAUCGCGCCAGAAGCUAAUAACAUUGUAUAA